AUGACGAAGGAGGGUGCAAAUGCUCGACAAGCUACCUUCUUAAAACGUCGACCGGGGCUAUUGAAGAAGGCGAGUGAAUUAUAUGCUUUUUGUUCUGUUGAGAUGGCCAUCAACGUUCUCUCUCCUAGAGGCGAGUCUUUCUAUUUUGGCCACCCUUCUGUGGAUGUGGCCGUAAAUAUGCAUGAACAUCCAAAGAUGGCUCAUAUUGAUGCUACUCGACAGGCUCAAACUGAUAGAGAACAAUUCCUCGAGAAACUGAACAAACAAUAUGCCAAUCCCCUGCGAUUCGAAAACCUUAACUUCAGCGAGUUUAUGGUAGUCGAUGAAUGGCUGGAAGAUGUCAAGAAAGCAGUGGACAAGAGAAGGAUGGACCUCGUGGCCCCAGAGGUUUCAAGUUCAACUCCAUGCCCAAGAGUUAUUGAUGCCUCCAUCAGAAGCAAAACCGACGACAGAUGUGACAAUCCUCGUAAAGCAGAAGCUGGAAACGCGUAA